AGCGGUCGUCUCUUCCCCUCAUUUUAAGGGCGUAAUUCCUCGCGCCCUUUCAUCCACCCUCCUUCUCUCUCUCUCUGGCUCUUUCUCUCCUGACGACCGAAGUGACGCUGUCCUUCCCUUCUUCCACCCCCCCCCCCUCCCCUUCCUUUUCCCCUUUUGUUUCGCUACUCGAAAUCGAUCCGAGAGCCACCUCGAGGUUGUUACAUAGGGUUCUGUGCCCCUGCUCAACGAGAUCGGCUUCCUUUUCUUGUGGAUUACUCGUCUCCUCCCGUUUUCUCCACCCUUCGAUCCCUAUCCUGUUUCGGAUUUCGAAAAGCUGCGAAAAGUUGGGAUUUUGGAGGUUCUGCUAGCCGAGUUCUGGCGAUUGGCUCUGAUUUCAGGAUUCUGGAUUCCAUGGCGUCUGGCUGAGGACUGCGGUCGGUUGAUGACUGAUGGAGAAAAUUAUGAAAAAUUUAUAACUUUUCGGGGAAAUUCCCUCCAUUUGAGGUUCAUUUUGAGGGUGGGUUAAUUUGUCAAUAUGGAUUUGAGGAUAGAAACAGAGAAUGGAAGUGUUGGGCUUGCUUCCGAAGCGAAGGAGGGGGUUUCACAGAAUAAAUUGAAGAGUUCCGGGAGCUUGAGCAACAAGGACAUGUUCUUGAGAGCUGAUAAGAUUGACCUCAAGAGCUUGGAUAUUCAGCUGGAGAAAAGACUUUCUAGGGUGUGGAUCAAGGACAAGAGUGGUCCUCUUAAGCCCAAAGAAGAAUGGGAGGUCGAUCUAUGUAAGCUGGAUAUAAGGUAUGUUGUUGCUAAAGGGACCUACGGUACCGUGUAUCGUGGCACUUAUGAUGGCCAAGAUGUUGCAGUGAAGUUGUUGAACUGGGGAGAAGAUGGGUUCACAACUGAUGCUGAAACUGUGGCUCUCCGAACAUCAUUUCAGCAGGAGGUUGCUGUUUGGCAUAAGCUUAAACAUUCAAAUGUUACCAAGUUCAUUGGGGCUUCAAUGGGUACCUCAGACCUCAGGAUUCCACAAAAGAAUGCUACCUGCAAUGACCACAGUUCACUUCCAGCUCAAGCAUGUUGUGUUGUUGUGGAAUAUCUUGCUGGGGGAACGUUGAAACAAUAUUUAAUAAAAAACAGGAGAAAGAAACUUGCCUAUAAGAUUGUUAUUCAACUUGCAUUGGACCUUGCUAGAGGAUUGAGCUAUUUACAUUCAAAGAAGAUUGUACAUCGCGAUGUCAAGACCGAAAAUAUGUUAUUGGAUACCCAGCGAAAUCUUAAAAUUGCUGAUUUUGGUGUUGCUCGUGUCGAGGCUCAGAAUCCCAAGGAUAUGACUGGUGAAACGGGUACCCUUGGAUAUAUGGCGCCAGAGGUUCUUGAAGGUAAACCAUACAACCACAAGUGUGAUGUCUACAGCUUUGGCAUAUGUUUGUGGGAGAUCUACUGCUGUGACAUGCCAUACCCUGAUCUCAGCUUCGUUGAAGUCUCCUCUGCUGUUGUUCGACAGAAUUUACGGCCAGAAAUCCCUCGAUGCUGUCCAAACUCUUUAGCAUAUAUUAUGCGGAAAUGCUGGGAUGCAAAUCCUGAUAAACGACCAGAAAUGGAUGAAGUUGUGAAGCUCUUAGAGGCAAUUGACACCAAUAAAGGAGGUGGGAUGAUACCCGAAGAUCAGGUGGGUGGAUGCUUCUGCUUUAAUCCAGCUCGUGGUCCAUAGUGUCCUUAUUUAUAAUAUAUAUGCGAGGAGCUUCCAUUAUGAUUCAGAUUUGGAAGUUAUUGAUCAUGAGACUCCUAUUUUUGAGUUGAGAGAUUGAAAAAGUGUGCCAUAUCCAUAUUAAAUGCAACAUUUUAACCUCAAGCUGUUGGUGUACUUCAAAAUUGACACCGCUUACAUCGUUGGCUGUGAUCUUAUUGCCACUGAUGUCUGUAAAGCAGACCUGAGAAAUAUAUCAUACAUUAUUAAAUUGUAUUUCCUAAACCCACAAAGUCUGAUCAUGAUGCUAAGACCAUGGUGUUGUUAGCUUGUAUGAUCUAACAUCCCAGUUUCA